AACAAGGGCCCAGCCAUGACUAGUACCGGUCAUCGUCUGCGCUCCCUGGCGCACAAACACCUGAAGGAGAAAGAAUGCGCCUCCCUCAAACAGGCAAUUCAGUCCUUCAGGGAGACAAAGUCUGUCUUAACCCUCUGCACCACACUGAAAGGUAUCCUGACCACCAAGGAGAAGCUCUCCCUCUUGGUUGCCAUCUAUCCGAUGAUCCCCACGGACCAUCAGGAGGACUUUGAUCGACUCUGCUGCCUACACUUUGACAUGUACCAGCUCCACAUCAGGCCUCAGAUACUUGAGAGGUACGGUGCGCCAGCGGCUCAAAGAAACACGAUGGCGCUGACAGCCCUAGGGAGGCAAAAGCGAAAGUCGGCCAGAGUGUUGCUACCCGUAGAACAGCUGAGGAAUGCCAUGAGCCUGGAGGCGAGGGGAAAGGCAACGUCGGAGGCACACCACAGGGUGAAGCAGAAGGCGGGAGACAGUUCCAGACGAGCUGAUGUCAUCAGGGUGCGAAGAGACAGCUCACGGUCUUCAGAGGGAAGGAAAGAACACAAACGGAGUAGGACCGUUGAGACUGAUGUUGGGAGAGGUGAUGGCCAACAACCUCAGGUACCACCUCUCGCCCUUAACGCCAGCAAUGAGCGAGAAGAGGAGGCGACGACACCAAGAGGGGCGCCCUCGUCUGUCAGGGUCAGAAAGAUCAAGUUAGAUCAUCGAGAGAAUGAGAGUUUGGGAUUCUGCAUUCGUGGCGGUAAAGAUCUUAACGCUGGUAUCUAUGUGUCUGAGGUGGAUGCUGGUGGCCAAGCUGACAGACAUGGCCUGAAGGUUGGUGAGAGGGUGUUGAAGGUCAACGACCUGCCUUUUAAGAACAUUACCCACGCACAGGCUGUGGUGGCGCUCAAAUCCUCACGUCGGUUGACCCUCUACGUGGCUCCACUCGGAGUUAUGCCAGGAUCUACACCAAACGGAACACCAAGAAGUGAAAUGAGCAGUGCGAGAUCGACCAGCAGCCAGCACUCCGUUAAGAGCACUGCCAGCAGUCGCCACGGCAAUAGGAGUCGGGACAACAACCAAGAUGAGGGAGCAUUGUCUAAGGUCAAGCAGGUGACAAUUAUCGCCGACGAUGAUGGGUGGCUAGGUUGCAGUAUCAGAGGUGGCAUUGAUUAUGAAAUGGAUGUGACGGUAGCCAAUGUGGACCCCAUGUCGCCGGCUUACAGGUCUGGGCUGAAGAAAGGGCAGUACAUUAAUAAGGUGAAUGGAGUGAGCGUUGCAGCAUUGACGCAUGAUGAGAUCGUUAGCCUGGUCACAGCAUCUAAUGUAAUCAUGCUUGAUAUAGGACCAGCUCCGAAGAAAGCUCCUCCAGUCCCAAAGGAAAAGCCCCAAAACCACAGGAGAAGCCAAACAGCAGAAGCAGUUUUAUCAAAUCAAAGGCCGGCUGGUAAGCCACCAAGGAUAAUGACAAUACCUCAGUCACCAAAGCACACCGGAAGACUAGCUGCAAACUUUGCUGAGUUUGAAUUGGAACUGCAGUCCACUCCGCCCGUUUCAACCUCCACCCCUCUACCGCCGGACAAUCAUCCCGCUCUUCUCGCAAACAGAGGUAACCAUAGAGAGAACCUACCGCCGCAAGACGAAGAGGAGUUCCGAGCGUCCUCACCAGACCCAGAUGGCAGAUUCGUCACCAUACUCCAUGACUCCGAUGAACUGGACGACUCCAUCUUGAUGAACACCCCAAGGGAUAAUGCGGCAGCCUCCAAGUUCGACAUGGGCACUAUCCGCCUGAACUUGGCCAAUCGAGCCGACAAAAUCCCAGAUAAGGGCAAGCUUAUGAACAACAAUUUGGGGGAGUGUGGUCGCACACCCACAAAAAGAGACCAUGUGAAAGAUAUAUUCCACUUGAACGGCAAUGUUGAGGAGUACCGAACACCUGUGAGUAGUCCCAAACCAAAUCGAAAUUCCAUCAGCGGACUGAACACACCGGAGAAGAACCCCUACAUCAAAGCCUCCAUGAACAUCCUGAGCUCGCCGUACAAUAACGUCGAACAGGAGAUUCGUUUGGCCAAUUAUAGGCCGUCCACUCCUUCAAAACAGCUCCCGAUAAUGAAGCCCCUCGUCAGCUCACAACUGCAUCAUGAACUUACGGGGAAGAGGGCAAAGCCCCCGAUCUGCCCUAACAUUCCUGUCGCUCAGACGUCCCCUGUCUCCAAGUUCUUCAAGAAGAUGCUUCGGCGGAACAGCGGGAGUAGUCGCAAUGGGACUAGUCAAAGCGGGAGCAGUCUACGGAGCUGCAGCAGCGUGGAGAGUUUGAACGAGGACAGGAUGAGCCUGAAUUCCCUCGGGGCGUCUUCGGGGGGCGGGGCGGCGAUGCAUCGCUCGGCGUAUGAUCUAAUGGUUGAAAACGAUGGUGACGUCACAUUGCUGUGAUGUGAAUAAUUUAUGAACCUUACUCCUUAGGCCAGGGGUAAUAAUGUCGGAAGCGCUUUGAGACACCCCGUGAAAAAGCGCUAUAUAA